CUGCAGGCCUGAAGACUUUUUGCUUUACUAGCCCUGAGAGCCUCCUCUUUCUUUUUUAUUUUUCCUCUCUUCCCCCUCCACCCCCGCCCGCCUCACUUGUACUCCCUGCCCUCGGGGUCACAUUGCAGCAGCAUCCUUUUAGGAGUGACCAUGGUAACCUUGUCUUCCACAGAGUGUUACAUCGUCCACGAGAUCUACAAUGGCGAGAACGCCCAAGACCAGUUCGAGUACGAAUUGGAACAGGCUCUGGAAGCGCAGUACAAAUACAUAGUCAUAGAGCCCACCCGCAUCGGCGACGAGACGGCCCGCUGGAUCACGGUCGGGAACUGCCUGCACAAGACCACGGUCCUGGCUGGCACCGCCUGCCUCUUCACCCCCCUGGCACUACCCUUAGAUUACUCCCACUACAUUUCCCUGCCCGCCGGCGUGCUGAGCAUGGCGUGCUGCACCCUCUAUGGAAUCUCCUGGCAGUUUGACCCCUGCUGCAAAUACCAAGUGGAGUACGACGCCUAUAAACUCUCCCGGCUGCCUCUGCAUACACUCACUUCCUCCACUCCCGUGGUGCUGGUGAGGAAGGAUGACCUGCACAGAAAGAGACUGCACAAUACGAUAGCACUCGCUGCCCUGGUGUACUGUGUAAAGAAGAUUUACGAACUCUACGCUGUAUGAUUUCAGAGGGGAAAGGAGAAAACAAAGACGACAGUGUAUUAAGAUUUCCACGGUAACAUUUCCCUCCCCCCUCCCCUCCCUCCGAAAAGCAGUGGAAACCGGGAAGGUGUUUGGUUUGAUAUCGGUUAUUUUUUUAAAAAAAUAACAUCACUGCUACACCGGGGGGUUUUUCGGCUCUUUACACUAAGACGUGGCAGAGACUCGAGACUCGUAUUAGGCUGUGGAAGUCUGGGCAGUGGAAUGUUGAUGGAAGCAAACUAUAUCCAGGGGUGUGAAAGCUUUUUUUUUUUUUUUUAAUUUUUUGGGGGGGAUUGGGGGCCUUUAAGAUUAUCGUUUAGCUGUACCUUCAAGAGCCGGCCAGGAGAUAUUGACCAUUAAAUACGAAUUUCAAGUGUCUUCUCUCUCCAUGCUUUUACACAUAACUGCUUUUAAAAGAGGCAGCUUUAAGGCCGUGUGGAUUCGAGAUGGUAAAAUAGGUUGACGGAAGGGGGCUUAUAGGAGUCCUAGAAGACUCCCCGUCGGUCCGUCGUCCUCGAGAACGGGGAUGUCGGGAUGAUCCGAAGCACGGGCGUCGGCCAGCGGCCCUAGAGGCAGAUCCCUCGGGCCGGGCCAGAUCCGCUUCACCUGCCUACAGGUCUUUGUAGAUUGGCGCGAUACGGCUUAUUGGAUCUUCUUGGUCAAGGGAAAUUUAGUGCGCCUCGAUAUUUAGUUUAGUCCUUUGGAGAGGAGAAGUCUUCUGCCCUCCGCUUGGUAUCAAUCAUUUAUUGAGCGCUUAAUGAGUGCAGAACACUGUGCGAAGCACUGGGGAGAGUAUACCCUGGCCGAAUCGGUAGACACGUUCCCUGCCCACAACGAGGUUAGGGUCGAGAAGGAAGAUCAUUCACCAACUGCUUUCCCACGAUUAGGGAAAGCUAGUUCGUCACCCCUAGAUUCCGGGCUCUAGUUUUUUCUUUCCUCCCUUUAAAUCCUCCUGUUAAGCUGCCUUGGGUUCACUGUCCUGGGGGUUGGGGGGACGGGGGGGGCUUUUGAGGGUGUAAUGUUGGAUCCGACUUGGUCGUAGAUGUAAAAAGCUUUAUCGAGAUCACACCUCCGGAGUUGUGAUUGCCGGGGUCGGUCCCACUCACGGUUAGCGAGCCAAAAUAAUGGAGCUGUGGGGAAGGGGUUUUUUGUCCACUGUCUUUUUUAAACUACCUUCAGAAGUUUAAUGUACUGUAUUUAACUAGCGACGAGUAGCGUUCGCCACAAGGAAAGGGUCCCAAGUAUCCACCGUGACAUGGACCGUGAAGCUAAUGAAGCGAUUGACCCCAUCCCCCCCCCCCGGCCACCCGCAGCGAGCAGGUGACUGUUACUGCCUGGCAAGCCCGAGUCGCCCGAAAUGUUUCUGUAACUGAUCCCGAAUUGGGGGCGGGGGGCAGUGGAGGGAGCCGCUUGGCCCACUUGGAAAGGCACAGCCCCUAAACCAGAUCGCCCGAGAGACCGAAAGCCCUGCCGCAGAAGGAUCCAUCUUUUGGUUCGGGACUGGAAAGAUCACUUCGUCCGGCCCGGGUGGUGUUGCCCAAGACACCUUGUAGAAUACAAACAUCACUGAAAGUAUGUUCGACUGCUUUUGCCCCCUGAAACGAUGGUUUAAGAAAUAAAACUGAUUUUUUUUUUUCUCA